AUGUUACAUGAUCCCAUUAUUGAAUUUGACCUUGAACCUCCAACGUACCGACAAAUAACAAAUAUUAUUCGUAAAAUGAAAACAUCUGGCUCACCUUGUCCUCUAGAUCAAAUCUCCAUUAUAAGUUUUAAGCGUUGCCCAUACCUCCGAACAUAUUUAACCGAACUAAUUCAAGCAGUCUGGCUUGCUGGAUCUUUACCUGACGAAUGGAAGAAAGCUUGUACUUUAUUAAUCCACCAGAAAAAUUAUGCUAAUCUCCCCAAGAACUUCCGUCCAAUAACUCUUCAAUCCGUACCACUGAAGGUAUUCACUUCAAGUCUUCAUAAUGCAAUGUUCUCUUACCUACUCGCCAACAACUUUAUCGAGCACGAAAUUCAAAAGGGCUUCACCCCUCAUAUAUCGGGGACAUUUGAACAUACAGCACAAAUGGCUGAUAUAAUCAAUCAAGCACGAAUAAGACAGCGAUCUCUCGUUAUAACCCUUCUUGAUCUCAAGAAUGCGUUUGGUGAAGUACAUCACAAUUUAAUCCAACCUGUUCUUGGCUAUCAUCACAUACCUCAACAUAUUCAACUCAUGAUUAAAAGCCUUUACACAAACUUUAAAACAUCAAUCAUCACAUCUGAUUUUAACACCCCAUUUGGAGAAGUAGGUUGUGGAGUUUGCAGGGAGAUUUCCUCAGUCCAUUGCUAUUUAACCUAUGCUUUAAUACUUUUAUCCAGCACAUAAAAUCGGAAAAAAUAUCAACAGUAUGAUUUUUCUUAUAAACUUCUCAACCCAAUUCAUUGGUUCCAGUUCGCCGUCGACGCAGCCGUAAUAACCGCCAAGAAUCUGAAAAUCAACACCUACUAAACAGUUUUGCAAUUUGGUGUCAAUGGUCAGACAUGAUUAUUCGAGAAGAUAAAUGUAGCACCUUUGGCAUAAAAAAAGCUCUCACCAAAUCAGUCCAGUAUAUUUAUAAUUAUAAUUCCAGCUAUUGAAAGUGGAAAAUCGUUCUGCUAUUUAGGAAGGUACUUUAAUUACGAAAUGACAAAUAAUGAACAUAAAUCGGAAUUAGUAUCACUAUUGACAGACCUAAUGAAAGAAAUAGAUCUGAAGGCAUUACAUCCAAAAAACAUGAUUCUCCUCUACAGUCGCUACGUUCUUUCAAAACUCUCAUGGCAUUUCACUAUAGCAUCAAUUCGAAAAACGUGGAUUUCCGAAAACCUGGACUCAGUUAUCAAACAAUACAUUCGUAAAUGGCUUGAGGUACCUAUUUCUGGAUCACUUAGUAACAUUUACCUGACCAGUAACACAUUUGGUCUGUACAUUAUCCCCCCAUCAACUAAAUUCAUACAAUGUCAAACAACUAUCCGCAGUGUUUUGAAGUCAUCUCCUAACGAAUCAAUAACCCACCUCUGGAAGUCGACCUGUAAUCAUACUAACAUCCAAUAUGAUCAAGUAUACGUCGACAAAAGUAGUAAUGAAGUCAUGCCUUAAAAUUCAUGAAGAUAAAUUGGAAAAUCGGUUAAAAUGUCAAGGUUCAUUCUUCUCUACUCUUUCUUUCACUACUCCAAGUAAAUUCGAUUUGGCCAACCUGGCAAUCCAAACUACCAAAAAACAUUUUCAAUUCACUACUCGCUACAUAAACAAUUCGCUACCAACCCGGAAAAACCUUCAAAAAUGGGGACUCUUCGUCCUCUGAGUGCUCGUUUUGCCUUUAAACCGGAAUCUCUGUUACACGUUGUUGCUGGCUGUAGUUCCUAGCUAUCUUGAUCGAUUUACUUGGAGACACGACUCAUUCCAAAAUUUUAUUGCUAAUAACCUCCAAUCAGAACAUAUUCAGACCAUUUAUGCUGACUUACCAUCAUUCCCUAACCCCUCUGCUAUUACUGGCGAUGACUUUCGUCCUGAUCUACUAAUUUUGACCAAAGACAAUUGUCUAUAUGUACUCGAACUAACCGUUGGAUAUGAGACUGAGCUAAGGAAUAAUCUACAGCGCAAAUACUCAAAAUACAAAGAGUCAGAUGAUCGUAGAACAAAAGGUAAAAUUGCGGCUGGUAAAGUUCAUUAACCUCUCAAUCAGUGCACUCGGUGUUUUUGAAAAAGAAUCGUCAGAUUUUAUACAAAUGUUGGAACAUUUGAACUCAGAUAAGUCCUGUGUUAAAUAUGCCAUUAGGAAAAUUAUUAACAUUGCAAUAAGAACCACAUAUUACGUUUUCUGUUGUAGAAACAAGGAUUGGUCGAAUCCAGAUUUAAUGAACUUGUAGUUAGUCUGUUGCUUUUUGUAUCAUAUAAUUAUGACCAUAUGUGUUAUGUAAAUGUAGUAAUGUAUAGUGUAUCAAGUAGCCAAUUGUAAAUUACCUUUAACAGUGAGAUUUUUAAUUGUAAGUGCAUAAAGAAAAAAAUCAUUAUUAUUAUUAUUAUUAUUAUAUUAUUAUUAUUAUUAUUAUUAUUAUUAUUAUUAUUAUUAUUAUUAUUAUUAUUAUUAUUAUUAUUAUUAUUAUUUGAUUUUCUUUUUUAUUAGAUACAUCGAGCAGAGCCGUGUUCAGACGUGCUCUAUACAUGUCAUAGUUUUAUCGCUGGUUUUGUAUUUGAAUCACAGUAUUUCUUACUAAUUGUUAAAAUUUAUAAUCAUAAAAAGAUCAUCAUCAUGAUUCGUUCAAGUUUUGUUGCCAUGUUAUUGACUUGCGUCGUCUGUUCGUUUUGUGAUGAAGACUUCGUCGCGCUCGGUCGCCAUUCGUGGCGUUGUAAACAGCGGAUUAACCAAGCAGAACGAGAUCCCCCUGACGCUACUACAAGACAAGUGCCUGUAAUGCAGUCCCCUAAUGUUCCUGUGUCAAGUCGCACGGUUGUCAAAUGUUGUUGUGGCAAGAUAUGCAAAGGGACGCGCGGCCUUAAAAUGCAUCAGCGCAGUUGUCAAGUGAUACAUGGCCUUAACGACGAGCUUUGUGCAGAUCUUGAGGAGCAAAUAACUACGGAUAACAGCGUAAAUAUUUCAGAAAUUGAACACAACGGCAAUGAUAUUAAUACAGUUAAUUACGAUAAUUUUCCUGAACUGAAGAAAGGCAUAAAUCUCCCGAAAAAUGAUUCUGAAUGGUCAACGGCUAAUGAUUAUUUUAAAUGUGCACUCCAGCCAAGUGAUCCAAUCACAUUGCAAGAUCUAAAUUCAAAAAUCAAGCUUUUAAAUGACGCGAUAUACAGCUACUUUGCAAAUAAUUAUGGACAUACUGAAACUGUACCCGACAAAAAUAUGGGAGCUAAAUAUAAAGAGUAUACGGUUAAAGAGUUAAAGAAAGCUUUACAAAAUUUAAAAUCCAAAAAGGGUGAACUCAGUGAAAUUAAAUACGUAUCGCGUACAUUGCGUGACAGGCUCCGUAACAAUGGCAACGACGCCGAUGACUUAAAUGACAGUGAGUCGUUUGAUCACAACAAAUAUCUGGAACGAAGCUUUUGGGGCUAUGUUAAAAAUAUAAUCAAUAGAAAAGACGCAGUAUUACCAUCAUUUAACAUGACUGAUUGCCUUUCUUAUUUCUCUAAAUCUCUGGCUAAAAUUAAUCCUAACAAGCUAUUU